AAAAACCGAAAGCAUCCGCAAUUGUUUCUAUGUUCAAAAUGGCGUACACAGUUAUUUUGGCAACUGAUAACGGUGAUUAAAAUGGAAAUUUAUCCACAUAGCAAACCAUUUUUCUGCAAAAGUACCCUAAUUUGAGGGUACUCCAUAUAUGAUGAUAUUAAGAUCACUGAUGGCUGCAGUACGGAAAGGGUCAUCAGGGGCCUUAGAGAGGGUGCCAUCUGCUGGUACCAGAAACAAACCUGUUGGUGCGCCCCUAAGAGCCAUUCACCCUAACAGCAGUCCAGUGUAUAAAACCCAGUCAGAGACAGCCAUCACUGCAGGACUUUCAAAAUUAACAAUAAAUGACAAUAAAAAUAGACCAUUACAAAAGAGAGUGUUGUCAGGUAAGGCAAGCUCGAAUGGUUUGGUUAAAAAUGUUGCAGAUGCAGCUGGAAGGUUACAGAUGGAAGCCGUAAAGAAUGUUGUUAUAGUAGCAGGAGCUGGAAUCAGUACCCCGAGUGGAAUACCAGACUUCAGGUCACCUGGUACAGGACUGUAUGACAACUUACAGCAGUAUAAUAUACCAUACCCAGAAGCCAUCUUCGAUAUAGACUACUUCUUCUUGAAUCCUCGCCCGUUCUUCACCCUGGCAAAGGAGCUGUACCCAUCAGGAAAAUACCGACCAAACUAUAUCCAUUACUUCGUCAGGCUGUUGUAUGAUAAAGGUCUACUUCUACGCAUGUAUACACAAAAUAUAGAUGGGCUUGAAAGAUGUAAGUUACAUGUAUCAUAUGGACGUAAGACAAACCCUUUUCUAGGGAAAACCCUCACACUGAUUUGUUAG